AUGCCAGCAAAAUACAGGCGUCCGUCUAUUCGAAAGCACGUCACAACGGCAUGCAUCCCAUGUCGAGAUGGGAAGGUCAAGUGCGACGGCACAACGCCAACGUGUCGAAACUGCUCGAGUAAAGGACGCCUAUGUAAAUACAGACAGAGCAACGACAAGCGCAAAGUGCAGGUGCGAGUAGCAGUUGGGUUGCUAGCACGGCGGGUCGACACUUUAGCCCGAUAUAUCGAGAAUUCGGGACUGCCUGUUCCGAAGAUCGAGGAACAUGAUUACCUGGUCUUGAAGAGCAUUUUUGAAGCUUUGGAGCUCACCUGUGAUGACUUGGAUGCUAACCCGGGGCGCGAUGAUGAAAUCGAGAUGUUGGACGAUGCAGGAGGGGAGAGGGAAGUUCUUUCACUGGCUGAGAGCGGAACGACAGACGCACAGGGGACGAGUGCGGAAAGUAGUGUGAAGACGAACGCAGAAUCUUCGGUCUAUAAAUCCAAGAGCAUGUCAUCCGCCAUAUCAGACGGCAUCUUCUCGUCCGAAGAUCGUAAUGCAGCGUCUGACAAACACCAUGCACCACGUGGGGAUUUAGGCCAGAGCCCACAUCCGCAAGACCAGGACAAUGGCACAGAUGAUGAGAGCGAUGAUGAAGUGACUGACCAGCUCUCAUGCCGUCUGGGGCGAUUGCAACUGACCCACGACGGACAACUGCGCUAUUUCGGCUCGACUUCGAAUCUAACCUUAUUAGACGCCUUGGUGGACGUAACGCCCCCAAUAAGUGUGACAAAAGACGCCUCGGAGCUACUUGAGAGCGCGAGUCUUGACAGGGAGAUCGAUGAAAUAUUCGAAAAACAUCUUCUCGAGCUGUUCUUUGCAUGGCAAGAUCCAUGUCUGCAUGUUGUUGAUGCGGAGACCUUCUGGCGGUCCCGAGCACAGAGCAAGUACGAAGGUAUAGCGACGUCAUAUUACUCUCGGACCUUGGUGGAUGCGAUGUGUGCUUUAGGUGCUGCAUAUGAGCCGAGGUACCAUCCCGAGAUAGUGACGUUUCCGCGGUCGUUGGCCGAGUUCUUCGGCGAUCGUGCGAAGAUUUUGUUGGAGUUGGAACUUGAGAGUCCUUCUAUUGCGACUAUUCAAGCACUUGUUAUUCUGAGCAAUCAUGAAGCGCUGUGUACAAGAGACACGAGGGGCUGGCUAUAUAGUGGAAUGGCAAUGCGCCUGACUCUUGAUCUGGGGUUGCACCUGGACAUGACAGUUUAUGUUCAGAGAGGCAUAAUUCCUUACUCAGAUGCUGAAUUGCGUCGAAAGGUCUUUUGGGGAGUUUUCUUAAACGAACAGUUUUGGGGGUUCUAUUUAGGCCGGUCAGCCCAGGUUCGUAUGGAUAUUGUCACUGUUCAGAGACCUCCGUCUCAAAACACCUUACCAACAAUGAAAUGGAGACCGUAUCCCAGCGCCGCGACAAUGAGUCUUUCGCCUGUUCCCGAGAACAUGUUGUUCAAGGCAUGGGUUUCAUUGUAUGAAACCAUGCUUCAUCUGACUGAUGUGCUAUACGGCUGCAUUGAAAUAUCCAAACAUGCACUGCAGGAGCUCGCAGUUGACACCGUUGAGAAGUUAACAUUGUGGAAGGCAACUCUCCCCGCGGAGCUCAGCAUCGAUGAACACUCUACUCAGGGGUUCAGACAGCCCUUACCACAUACAUUAACCCUCCAUAUGCAAUACCACCAAUUCAUGAUCCAAUGUCAUCGCCCAUAUAUCUCGAGACAUUACAUCCAGCCCCAACCACCACAAGGCCCAGGCCCCAACCAUGCCCGAAGGAUGUGCAUCGAAUCUGCCGUUUCCAUCGUCAAAGUCCUCAAUAUUUACGAGCAGGCCUAUGGGUUUCACAAGGCAAACGUACAAUUUAUCUCAUUCAUCUUCUCGGCCGCACUCAUUCUGAUCUUCACGACCGUCCCUACGAAAUCUCGACCAUGCAACCAAGAGCUUCUCGCCCAUCUGAGCACAUGUUUUCGUGCACUCGACGAAAUGGGUAGCUGCUUUGAGAACGCCCGGAGAACGAGCACUUUCCUAGGUACAUUGCAGCGACAGUGGCAGACCCGUCGGCAGCAUCGGAAAAGUAAAGUCAAUGGCUAUGGCGCUAGUGAAUCCAGGUCCAUGGGCUGGCAUGCAAACGGUACCCAUGGACACUUUGCCUCCGAUCAGAACUCUCUUGCCAAUCAACAUAUUACACCUACCUUCGACGCGGGUGUCGAUGGCCUUGGCCCCGAGAAUGAAUAUUCCCCCAUUGCCGAUCCACCGUCGACAGUUGACUUUAUGGAUCCGGAUUUGUGCAAUAUUCUGUUAAGUGAGGGGAUACCGCGUGCUUUUAUUUGA